GAACCGAGAGAGCUCAGUGACGUGAAAGGAACCAGCACCCUUGUCUCACAUCUGUAUCUCCAGCGCUGAUUGGUGGUUAUCCGAUAAGCGCUUAUCGGCCCACACUUGCCCUCGGCAACAUCCGCCAGUCUUUGGCCUGACGUAUCAUACCAUUUCCUUACGUGGGUGGGCUGUAACUUAUUCUUCGGCAUUGCUCGGCGCAAGGCAAGCUCUCGAUCGCAUCGCAUCGCACCAGCCAGACAAGAUACCUAGUCAACAUGUCAGGACUUAGGCAUAACUCAUACUACGACAAGAAGCUGGCCCAAUCGCCAGCUCUUGUCCGCGCCCGCCGGCCCUACCUCUUCAAGAACGCCCUUACCGGUCUCGCCCUGGUGGGAAUCACUGCUAGUAUCUACACAUAUACCCUCAUGGCGGUCGGCCAAGACGAUUUCGAAGACGUCAAGGUACCUGAUGUGCCUGUGCAACCUGCGAAGAAAUGAACACCCGAGAACAGCAAAGCAUGGGGUAGGAGACGCAGCUAGGUACGCUGCUACUUGGGGAUGGUGCAUAGUGUAUGAGUAUAUCAUAGGGAGGUCCUGCGGGAAAGAAAGUUGGGCAAUAUCAAGAUGGCGUUUUGGGCAAAUCAAUACAACAACAUGUUUAUUUUUUGGAAAGGAUA